CCAUCUGAAUACUAAGCCAAGGCAGAACGCUCAUGAAGUAGCAACUUAAGUGGCAGUGUUUAUUCUGAAAUCUUCAGGCAGCCGACUGUUUUAGGCAAAUCUUGAUAGCCCUUAUCCAGGUUUUUAAUCUAAGGAAUCCCAAGAAGACCGGAGAAUGGAAAGACAGCAAAGGUUUAUGUCAGAGAAGGAUGAGUAUCAGUUUCAACAUCAGGGAGCAGUGGAGCUGCUUGUCUUUAAUUUUUUGCUCAUCCUUACCAUAUUGACAAUCUGGUUAUUUAAAAAUCAUCGAUUUCGCUUCUUGCAUGAAACCGGAGGAGCUAUGGUAUAUGGCCUCAUAAUGGGAUUAAUAUUACGAUAUGCUACAGCACCAACAGAUAUUGAAAGUGGAACUGUGUAUGACUGUGGAAAACUGGCCUUCAGUCCAUCAACUCUGCUGAUUAAUAUCACUGACCAAGUUUAUGAAUAUAAAUACAAGAGAGAAAUAAGCCAGCAUAACAUCAAUCCUCACCAAGGAAAUGCUAUACUUGAAAAGAUGACAUUUGAUCCAGAAAUCUUCUUCAAUGUUUUACUGCCACCAAUUAUAUUUCAUGCAGGAUACAGCCUGAAGAAGAGACACUUUUUUCAAAACUUAGGAUCUAUUUUAACAUAUGCCUUCUUGGGAACUGCCAUCUCCUGUAUCGUCAUAGGGUUAAUUAUGUAUGGCUUUGUGAAAGCUAUGGUAUAUGCUGGCCAGUUGAAAAAUGGAGACUUCCAUUUCACUGACUGUUUGUUUUUUGGUUCACUGAUGUCUGCUACAGAUCCAGUGACAGUGCUGGCCAUUUUCCAUGAACUGCACGUCGACCUUGACCUGUACACACUCCUGUUCGGGGAGAGCGUAUUGAAUGAUGCAGUGGCCAUUGUCCUCACAUAUUCUAUAUCCAUUUACAGCCCCAAGGAAAAUCCAAAUGCAUUUGAUGCUGCAGCAUUCUUCCAGUCCGUGGGGAAUUUCCUGGGGAUCUUCGCUGGCUCGUUUGCAAUGGGAUCUGCGUAUGCUGUUGUCACUGCACUGUUGACCAAAUUUACCAAACUCUGUGAGUUCCCACUGCUGGAAACCGGCCUGUUUUUCCUCCUGUCUUGGAGCGCCUUCCUGUCUGCGGAGGCCGCCGGCCUGACAGGAAUAGUUGCUGUUCUCUUCUGUGGAGUCACACAGGCACAUUAUACCUACAACAAUCUGUCAUCCGAUUCCAAAAUGAGGACUAAACAGUUGUUUGAAUUUAUGAACUUCUUGGGCGAGAAUGUCAUCUUCUGUUACAUGGGCCUGGCGCUGUUCACGUUCCAGAAUCAUAUCUUUAAUGCUCUUUUUAUACUUGGAGCCUUUCUUGCAAUUUUUGUUGCCAGAGCCUGCAACAUAUAUCCCCUCUCCUUCCUCCUGAAUCUGGGCCGGAAACAGAAGAUCCCCUGGAAUUUUCAGCACAUGAUGAUGUUUUCAGGUUUGCGAGGAGCAAUAGCAUUUGCCCUAGCUAUUCGGGACACAGAAUCUCAGCCCAAACAAAUGAUGUUUACCACCACACUGCUGCUCGUGUUCUUCACAGUCUGGGUGUUUGGAGGAGGAACAACCCCCAUGCUGACUUGGCUUCAGAUCAGAGUUGGUGUGGACCUGGAUGAAGAUCUGAAGGCGGAGCCUACCUCACCCCAGGAAGCAAAUAACUUGGAUAAAAACACAACCAAAACAGAGAGUGCUUGGCUCUUCAGAAUGUGGUACAGCUUUGAUCACAAAUAUCUGAAACCAAUUUUAACCCACGCGGGUCCUCCUCUGACCACAACGUUACCUGAAUGGUGUGGUCCGAUUUCCAGGCUGCUCACCAGUCCUCAGGCCUACGGGGAACAGCUCAAAGAGGAAGAUGUGGAAUGCAUUGUGAAUCAGGACGAACUGGCCAUGAGUUACCAGGAGCAAGCCACCUCGCCCUGCAGCCCUCCUGCGGGCCUGGGGGUAAACCAGAAAGCUUCCCCGCAGACUCCGAGCAAGGACAACAUUUACGAGGGGGACCUCGGCCUAGGAGGCUACGAACUCAAGCUUGAGCAGACCCCAGGUCAGUCCCAGCUGAACUAACGGUGGCCAGUGCAGAUGUAAUCCCAAAUCAUAUGGGCCUCACAGAGGACUAUGAGCCAAGCUGGGGAGACCACGUGGCCAAGAGGCUGGGCCAUGCAGUAAGAAAAUCCAAACUUUGUCACAAACAUCCUCCAGUGCCUGAAGAAGUCAGAAUUUAUUAUUAUCUGUCUGUAUUAUGCAACUGAAUUUAAGUUUUUUGACAGCAGCCAUUUUUAUUAGUGAAUUGG